UCAUCCGCGUGCGCUAAUCCCCACGAUACGGAUAUUUCCCACUGCCCGUGAAAGCAGCACAGACCCCUCACCCAGUGCAUCACAGAGUGACGUCCUGUGCGGAUAGAUACAUGCCCUCACAGUUCUAAUCAUACGUCUACAGCCUUAAUAUUUUCUUCAUGUGAAAGGGCGCCUAAGAGGCUGGGAGAGAAGCAGCAACAUGCAUCGGAGUGCAGUUGUCGUGGUGGCGGAUAAAAUGAGCCUGAAGAGGCCGUUUAUUUUUGCCAACGCUGUGCAUAUGGCACUGUGCUUCUUCAUGUUGACGAUGACAGUAGCUUGGCAUAGAGACCUGAUACAAACUGGCAAACUGGUGUCCAACGUGUCCGUGGUGAUAAUGUACGUCGUAGAGAUCGGCUGCCUGCUGCUCUCGGUGCUCGGUGUGGUCGGAGCCUGUACGGGGAAGAGAUGGUGUUUGAUUCUGUAUGCAACUGGGAUGGCGGCAGCAAGUCAAACAAUAAUUGUGAGAACAGCACUGAGCUACCAAGGUGUUUAUGAGAAACGCGUGGCCCGCGAGGAGUCAAAGCUGCUGUCCAUGAUGCCGCUUGGUGGAACCAGCAAAGCCAACAGGACCCUGCUGUAUAGUAUUCAACAAGAAUUUGAGUGCUGUGGUCUUAUUGAAGGCUAUAAAGACUGGGGCUCUUCCAUCCCUGCCUCCUGUAACUGUCACUAUCCAGGGAAAUGUAUUCGACUACGAGGCAGCGCCACACUGGGGGCUCCAAAGAACCAGUACGUUUAUCAAGAGCCUUGCCUACCAAUCUAUGUUUCUGAACUGAAGCUCGCAUUUUCAUUGGGGAUGGCUGUGCAAUUUGGGAGCGGAGUAUUUUGGUUGGUUCUACUCGUGAUGAGCAUCAAGCUGAUGGGUCAGAUAAAAAGAAAACAGGAGUUUAUGGCUCUUCUCCAAUCAAACAGAUAUGUACCUGGCGCCUUCUAGUCACUUAGUAUGUUUUGAUACACACUACACAAUUUAUUUCAAGCAUACCAUAUUUUGAAUUUGCACAUGUAAACAUAUUAUAAUAUCGCAGCGGAUUUGUGCUAUAGCAAAAUAUGUUUUUAUUUUUGUUAAUGCAUGUAAAUGAUAUUGAAAAGUAAUCUACAUGCGGAGAGAUCGUUUUACAUGACUGUUUGCCUCGCUGCUGUAAAACGUUGCAAACUGUCUUGUAAGAUGUGCUGAAUAUCAACAUAAUCAGCACAUUUUCAGAUGCAUUUGUUGGAAAUGAAUAUCUUACCAAGCAUUUAUCAGCCAUCUGUUUUCAUUGAGUAGCUGGAGCCAAUUCUGUCAUUUACAGUAGGUGUUUUGUUUAUCUGGAUUACAUUCAGAUAUUAUUUAUCUCCAUUUCCUUCAUACCUGCAUACACCACUUAGUAUUUGAAAAGACACAUAUUAAUCAAAUUGCGUCUAUUGUACCUCAAUUACUCAAUUAAUGUGUUACAUUUGUCAACUGGACCAACUUCUUUCAAAGACAUAUUUCAAUAUUCAUACUCACUUUGUAAGCAUUAGAGCUACCAAUAAUCUUUGAACAAGCAUUAAUAUUAAUAACCCUUAUGAGGCACCUUUCUCGAACAGUGUUUACAAAGUGCUUUAAUUGAAAUAUAAUCAAUCAUUUAUUAUACAGCAAUGUAUUUUCUUGGGUAAAUAAUCAGGUUGGACAACGGAAUGAGCCACAGCUCUCAUUAGGACAACAGAAUGUCUUGAUGCCUCGUUAAUGCACAAUGUAUAUUUGCAACUUCAUCACUCCAUUCAGUUGUUCUUAUAGCACAUUUAGUCGGUAAAUGAAGCCCACGAUGAGGAGAAGGAUUCCUGUUUGGUUGCACAUUCAGUAGACGUCCAGUAAAUCCUCAAAUGCUUCCAAAAUUGUGAAUUUCAAGGUUUGGAGACGUUUUGGCAAAGCCACUGCAGACAGGUUGUGAGAGACUGAGCGCGUCACCGAUAUUCUCGCAGAGACUGCAAUGUCCCAACUGAAGCCACUCUCACCGAAGAAGCCUUUACGCCACAUCACUCCUAAUAUGACUUGCUGCAUGAGCUGCCUGCGGUUGAAAUGUCUCCUUGACCAAUAUAUUGUCACAAUGAGUUUCAUCUGAAACAGCGGAUCCAAUGUCUACCUGUGCACUUUAACCAUUAAUGCCUAAUAUACAGUAUCUUGCUAAAUAGGGUAUUUUUAUUUCUGUCAUACACAAUUUGUUUUUCAUUUAUGGAAUGAACCUAUGUAAUAUUUUGUAAAUAGCAGGAAUAAAAUGUGUGACUCUU